AUGAAUAAAGGAUAUAUUAAGAUUGCUUUGGCGCUUUUAAGCGUAGCUGGAUAUAUGCAAAAUAUGGCAUUUGCAAGCGAUUCUACCCCAAGCCCCAAUUCUCCAAAUGAAACAAGUAAAGAAAUAUUAGAUAACGACUCUGAAGACGAUAUACAACAAUCAUCAUCCAACCCUAAAGAAGUAGAACAUCUAUUAUAUGACGACCCUGAAGAAGCUAUAAAAGCAGCAGAUAUUAUGACUGAAGCUUUAGAUUUUGCGCAAAAACAUGCCGAGCAUACAAAUGAUUACAAGGAAUAUUCUAAGCAAGAUGGAGUAGUUUUAUAUUUUAAGAAAUUCAAAGAUACUGAAAUUGGAAAACUUGAACUUACAAUCCCAAACCCCGAUAGUUAUGAUGAUGUAGUAAACAUAUUAUGGGACCCCAAUGGCGCAAAGAACUUCGAUGAUAAAUUUAUUAAAGGAACCAUUCGUCGAGUAUACAAUAAAAAUUUAGUAAUUAUACAACAACUCUACAAAAGUCUUAUUAGAUCAUGGCAAAGAUAUUAUCAUGCACUAGCCAACAAAAUUGAAUUAUCAAAAAACAAAACUGCAAUAGUCUUGGUUUCAUCAGACAUGAAUGAUCAUGAUGGUGGAAAAAAUAAAAAAUAUGUAAACCCUUUCGUAGAAAGUGCAAACUCAUUCAAGCCUGACAUAGAUUCUGAAGAAGAUAUUAGAAAUGGAGAUUUAUACAAAAUGUAUAUUAACUUAGUAGCAUUUUUUAUUGAAAAGGAAGCCGAUUGCGUUAAAGUUACCUAUGUCAGCUCUAUUGAUCCAAAUGCUCCUUACCUUACACCAGCAAGUUUUAUUAAAAAAAUUAUAGUCAAAAAAAUUUUAACUCUUGUAAAAUUAAAGGAUAUUUUUAAAAAGUAA